AUCUACAUUUGAUCAUUUGACGUGUUUCAUUCAGACAUCUUUCUAUUGAAAAAAAUAGUUGAGUCUGCCUCUUUUGAAGUAAAAGAUGGCACACUAUUUUAAAGAAAAGGAUAUUGACGAAUUCAGAGAAUGCUUUUAUUUAUUUGCCCGCUCUGGAACUAUAAAAACACUAGAUGAAUUAACUGUCAUAAUGAGAAGCCUGGGAUUAUCACCAACUAAGUCUGAAAUGAGUGGAUAUUUAAAACAAAAGGGAGGAAAGAUGUCCUUUCCAGAUUUCCUGGAAGUAAUGUACAUUCACUCUAAGGUGGAAAACAUUCCUAAAGAAGUUGUCGAUGCAUUCAAGGCUGCAGACCCUGGAAAUACUGGAAAAAUCCCUGCAAAACAACUGCGCUAUUUGCUACAAAACUGGGGAGAAUGCUUGUCACCAAAAGAAGUAGAUAGGAUUUUUAGAGAAGCUAAUGUUACAGCUAAUAGCAUGGUGCGAUAUGAAGAUUUUGUAAAGAUUUCUUGUGCUCCAGUUCCAGAUUAUUAUUAGAUGACAAUAUAAACAUACCAGUUUACUGGCUUAAAAGUAGCUAAACUUAUUUUUGCUUACUAUUAUUCGCACAUUAUUAUUUUAUGAAAUGUACUUAAGUUGUUAAAUAAGAGCAAGGUCCUUCCAUUUAAUCAUCUUCCAUUGUAUAACCUUGGAUUUUUUAAUAUUAUAACAUCUAUUUAAGGCUUAUAAUUUUAAUAUGGGGACUAGUGGGAUACACACAUUUGUAUUUUACUUAAGUAAUUUAUUAAUUAUUGUAUCAGGAACACAUUGUCCUAGGGUAAUAAUUGUUAGAUCAUUUACCUAAAAAAUUUUCAAUUUGAUUGUCAGUAUUAAAAAUAUUUAUAUUUCUUUACAAUAAACAAUUCU